AUUACAUUUUUAUUCAGUUUCUUAGCUGGGUAGGUCUGCUCUUAACAGCCAAAUUGUUUUUGCCUUGGCUUUUCCUAAAACGACAACGCUUCAAAUAACAUUCCAAUCUCUUCCUCGUCUGGCUCGCUUUCCACUCUCGCCCUUGCUUUUUUCCCGGGAAACAGACACUGCAUAUCUGUCUCUGUUUGCGCUUUUUCUCUCCUCUCAUUGUUUUUUUAUUUUCACUCGCUUUACAUUGCAAAGGUCUGUGCUUUAACCACUUUUUCUUCUGUCUGGUUAACUAUAACGCUCUCUAAAGUAAAGAAAAACGAUAAAUAGCUCUUGCUAUGGGUUUCAAUACGGUGUUUCGUUUCUUAAGUGAGAUAUUUCCUCAGAUUGAUGCACGCUUAUUGAAGGCUGUUGCUAUUGAGCAUAGCACAGAUGUUGAUGCUGCAGCAAAUGCUGUUCUGACAGAGAUUCUUCCUUUUUGGUCCAAACUAGCAGUGACCUCUAGUUCUCCUUCUGAGGUUCAGGUUGCUUCAAGUUAUCUCUCCAAGGACCAGUCUGAUUCUUCUGCUUCUUGUACCACUUCCAAGGACCAAAGAAUUGGAGAUCUUUCUGACGUUGAUGGCGCAGAACCUGAAGAACAGAGCACUCUGUUGAGGCGCAGGCAGUUAGUAAGGCUAAGAGAUAGACACACCGGCACUUCUUCAGAAUCAAGAGCAAUUACAAGUGGAAAUGCAAUGAAUACUGAUUCUACACAUACUUGUUACACUGGUUCAGCUAGUCUGAGCAAGUCAUUGGAUGUGUCAACAGAUUCACAUAUUUAUGAUGAUGCAAAUGAUGGUAGUAAUUGGUUAAUUGGAAAGAAUGACAGUGAGGAAGUGAUAGUCUUGGGUAAGACUCAGGAGAGCAGCAAAGAAGUGUGGUCAAAUAAGGCUACUGUUGUUGUGCCAAAUAUAAUGAUGGAUGAUGGUGAUAGAAUAGUUAACCCUCAGGGUGGAUGUGAUUAUAUUGAGAGUGGUGACUCAAAUUCAUUGAACGAAGGCCAAGACAACAAUGUUAAGGUUGGGUCUGAACUGAAGCUCUCUGUUAUGUCAACCCUUUUGAUAGACAAAAAUGAUGUUGUCAAUGGUGAAUCAGGUUGCUUGGAGCAAGGGCAAGACGUCAAUGUUGAGGUUGGGUGUGCACAUAAUCCCCCUGUUAUGUCAACUUCUUUGAUACAUGAAAAUGGUAAUGUCGAUGAAAACACUGAUGAUGCAUCUGUUUGUGGAAACAGUCAGCUAGAAAAUUCAUGUUUAGAUUGUCCCCUUGUGGUCUUUGAAAAGAUCGAUACUCCAUUGUUCCCACCAUCUGUUCAAGAGGAGACACCAGAUGCUUCAGAAUCUGAUCUUGUUCAAUCAGAAAUUGUUUCUAACACAUCCUCUACUGAUUGUAAAAACCCAGAUGCCAGUGGUUCUUCAGAUUUUCUUGAAAAGGGUGCAACUGAGGAUGACUUGACAAGCAACACUGUUGAUUCUAGAUCUGGCCAACUAUGCAGGAUUGAUUUCCUCGAAGAGAUCAUAGAAAAUGCCAGAAAUAAUAAGAAAACACUGUUUGCAGCCAUGGAGUCAGUAAUGAACAUGAUGAGAGAAGUUGAAAUUCAAGAGAAAGCUGCUGAAGAGGCUAAAAUUGAAGCUUCCUGGGGAAGCUUGGAUAUUCUAACUAAGGUGGAGGAACUCAAACAUAUGCUCACAAUCACAAAAUCAGCAAAUGACAUGCACAGAGGAGAAGUAUAUGGAGAGAAGGCAGUUUUAACUACUGAAGCAAGGGAGCUUCAAAUUCGUCUACUCAGCUUGUCAGAAGAAAGAGAUAAAUCUCUUGCAAUUCUUGAUGAGAUGCGUGAAAGCUUAGAGGGUCGAGUAGCUGUGGCAGAGGAAGUGAGGAAAGCUGCUGAGGAGGAAAAGAUGCGAAAGGAAGAAUCAGCCCGACGUUCACUUGCUGAACUGGAAGCCAUUAUGGAGAAUGUGGUCCAAGAGUCAAAGAUUCUGCAGCAGGAGGCAGCAGAGAAUUCAAAGUUGCGGGAGUUUCUCAUGGACCGUGGUCAUGUUGUUGAUUCCUUGCAAGGAGAAAUAUCUGUGAUUUGUCAGGAUGCGAGAUUGUUGAAGGAGAAGUUUGAUGAGCGUGUUCCAUUAAGCAAGUCUGUUUCCUCAAGCCAGACUACUUGCAUCUUAGCCUCAUCAGGCAGUUCAUCCAUUAAAAGCAUUGCAUCUCUGGCUGCUGAGCAAGCUAUAGUGUCCGAGACAACACCAGAGGACGCCUCAAUUGAUGUCCAAUCAUCAAAAAGUUCUCUUGAAGAUGAUCCAACUGGAGCUGAACGUAAAGAGCUUCUGGAUGAUGGGUGGGAGUUCUUUGACAAUGAAUCAGAAAUAUAUAGCAAAGCCUUGUAAAUUGUGGAUACACUGGGAUGAAGAAACAUGUAGAGGUCUGCGUUUUGCAUAAACAUUUGUUCAAUAUAGGACUUAAAUUUUAGCACUCCCAAAGAGCUUACAUUUCUGUAACUAAAUAAAGGGUGGAGAUUCGAACUUUUUCUACGUCGCUAGCUAAUCAGUAUUCUGUACAGCAUAGCAUAUUUUCAAUAAAGAAUUGAAACUUUCGGCCA